AUGUCGAUAAUUGCUGUGACUGCCACUGCAGUCGCAGCAAUAUUGACGGGAUGCUCCGAGACACAUGCUUUUCAACCGUCGAUGAUGGGCAGAGCUCAGCCGCGCAUGGCGAGUUGCAAUCAUCAUCAACAGAAGUUCUUGCCUUGUAGUCUCCAACGUCAUCCGAUCCUCAUUCAAUCAACAUCGCAACCUGCAAGAAGCCUGCUGGGCAAGUCCAAGUCUCGCGUCAGAUGUCAGGACAGACCUGCUCUGAGGGGUGCGGAGCAAGCGAGCGAGUCGGAGGAGAAGAAGGCGGAGGCAACUAAUAGCUCAAUCGUCUCUGGGAAGGCUCGGCUCUAUGGCGCGACUGAGACGAGGAGGGGACAUGGGGGAGGAUUUGUAAACGGACUUCUGGGAGCUGUGGCAGAUCGAGAGUUCGAUGCUGCCAUCUUCGCUCUCGCCAUCCCAGCCCUGGGGUCACUCAUCAUUGAGCCGGUGGUCCGAACGCUGGAAGCUGUCAUGGUCGGGAGGCUGGGAGCUGCGCCACUUGGAGCCCUCAGUAUUGGAGGGUCGGUGGUCUCCGUGUCUUUCCCUCUCUUCAAUUUCUUUUCCUACGCCACCACUCCCAUGGUUGCUCGAGCUCUUGCUCGUGACGAUCCCAACGAGGCGUCUCGGCUAGUCGCUCAGGGGAUCUGGUUGUCGACAGCAGUAGGAUGCGUGCUGGGAACUCUCAUGUUCAAGUUUGCGGACAACAUCUUGAAGACGAUGGGAUCCAACGCUGAGAUCUUUCCCUUCGCCCGAGCCUUCCUCAUCAUCCGAGCCUUCGCUGCUCCUGCGGAGCUGUGGCUGCUGGUAGCGAAGGGAGCUUCCUAUGGGCAUCAGAACACGCGAGCUCCUCUCCUCGCCAUUGCGACUGGAAGUGCUGUUCACCUUGUACUGGAUGCUGUCUUCAUUCUUGGACUAGAGAUGGGGCUGUCAGGGGCAGCGCUGGCCGUCGUCAUUUCCCAGUAUCUUGCAGCUCUCUUCCUGCUGCGAUGCCUGGUGCAAGAUGGAAUCUUGAAGAUCUCAGACUUGAGGAGGCUUCCUGACAUCACCAAGAUCUUCACUUACCUCUCAGCCGGCAGCGCUCUCCUCAUCCGCACAAUGUCCAUGCAGGCCUUCUACACUGUCAUGACCUCUUACGGCGCCAGGAUGGGAACAGCAGUCAUCGCUGCACACGCCAUCGCUCGUCAAUGCUCUUCGCUCGAGGCUCUAGUGGUUGACGGACUUGCCGUAGCGGCGCAGGCGUUGGUCGCCAUGUACAUCGGCAAGGGGGACAGGGUGUCAGCGCGGAGGCUGUGCAGGAGACUGCUGUUCCUCGGCGGAGUUGCGGGAACUGUGCUGGGAGGGCUACUGUGGGCGGCGUCAGGGCCGAUUGCGUCGGUAUUUUCUACAGACCCCAACGUGCUUGCGGAGGCUAGGAGAGCAAUGCCGCUGGUUGCUGCCAUCCAACUUCCAGCAGCGCUGGCCUACAUAUUCGACGGGAUCUUCCUGGGAGCAAGAGACUUCCGCUUCCUCGGCAUCGCCAUGUUUUUCUGCGUCAUUCCCGCAUCUGCCGUGCUCGUGACGGUCGCCGCCACUCUCGAUGUCGGCCUCCUCACUCUGUGGAUGGCUUCGGGCACGCUCCUCGUCUCCCGAGUCAUCGCUCUAUCUUGGCGGUACAACUCCGAUAAGGGUCCUCUCUCGCCCAGCAAAGACGUAGCAGCCGCACAACCGAGCAGCUAA